AUGGCUCAAGAGCUUCCACAUAGCGUCAUGGUUUCCGACGAGGAUGCUGAAUAUGAGACGGCAGGCGAAACAGGAGGCGAAACAACAAAGACAGUCGCAUCUAGGUCAAACGGAAGUAAAGGAAGCUCUGGUACGAAUAAAGCUCCGGCAGAGGAUGGCGAUGCCGAGUUCGACGACCACGAUGCAUCUGGCGAGGAUGUAGACGCAUCUGGAGAGGAGGACAACGACUAUAUGGCACCUCCGCAGACAUCUUCUCAUGACAGUGUUGGACCUCCCCAAGAUGGCGAUGAGGAAGACCAUGAAAAUGUUGAAGGAGAUGAGCAACAUGAAGAAGACGACGUAGAUGCCGAGGAGGAUGAAGAUGUUGAUGCUGAAGGGGAAGACUACGAGGAAGACGAAGGCGUUGGUGCCGUCAAGUUUCAACCAGGGACAAGAAGCGACGACGAAGAUGACAGUGAAAGCGAUAAAUCCGAAUCACCAAGCGCUAACGACGAAGAGUCAGACGAGGAGGCUGCAUGGGAUGAUGCUGCAGAGGCCGAGGAAGAUCAUGAAGAUGAAGAGACGGCCGCCUCAAGCAACUGCAUCUUCUGUGGACAUAACGAAGACGAAGACCCCAGCGAGGAGUUUGAGGUUUAUUUGGCCUGUGUCCGUUGUGGUGGUAAUGCGCCCGAAAGUUGGAAAUGUCCUGAAUGCUUCAGCAAAGAAUCCGACGUGGGGAGUGAAGAUGAGGAGAUGGAGGAUCACGAUGUUGACCACAAUGCCGAGAUUCACUCCCAACAGUCCGAUGUACUGGAGGCACCAGGACAGCAUGAGUCUGGUCAGCACGUGAACGAUGACGAAGAUGCCAGCUCCCAAAGCAACAAUGAUAGUGAGCUUGAUGAAGAGCCUAUUGACGCCCCCCGCAGCUUGAGAAAACGCAAAUCUUCAUCACUAGAAGAUGACGGAAAUGGGCUUUCGCUGAGAAAACGACGACGAAACCAGUCCCAAGACGUAAGGUCAGAGAGCACAGCACGAAAUGGAAGUGCUGAACCAGGCCGACACCACCCUCCCAGAACUGUGCGUCUCAAGGUUCCACGACCCCCACCCGUCUCAAUAGAGAAACGUACUCGUACCUCACUUGUACUUAAACUUCAUGUCAAGCCUGGCAAUCUUAAGGAAAUCUUAUCUCGCAAAAAGCGAGAAAAGAGAAGGCAGCCAGGCAGUGCCACGCGCCCGACCCCUCAACGACAGGCCCUGGCUGCGACUCCAGCUCCAGUGGCCAGAGCCAACCUUACUGCUGCAACUAUAUCUAACCUUCCCACGCCUUUUACAUCGGACAACUACUCACAACCAUCUUAUUCCUUCUAUGACCGCGAGGCCGAUGAGAUGAAGGGCAAGCCUUACGGCGGCAUAUUGACCGAGGUCGAGGCCGACACAUCCAAGACUCUCCCUGAUGAGGAUGAUCGAAAUAAGUUCACCUCUACUCUAAAGAAAGCCGAGGAUGACUGGAGAGCGCGUCUUCUGCAGGCCAUGCAAGAAGACCCAACCCCCGCUACCCGAAAGCCGAAAAAGUCCGGCAACAACGGCAGCGAGAUCGAAUGCAUCGAUUUUGGCGGCUGGGAGAUCGAUACUUGGUAUGCUGCACCGUAUCCUGCCGAAUACAGCAUUAACCGCGUGCUGUACAUUUGCGAGUUCUGUCUGAAGUACAUGAACUCUGACUACGUUGCUUGGAGGCACAAACUCAAAUGCCCAGCCAAGCAUCCACCGGGAGACGAGAUCUAUCGUCAUGGAUCAGUGUCGGUUUUCGAAGUCGACGGUCGCAAGAAUCCGGUCUACUGCCAGAAUCUGUGCCUUCUUGCCAAGCUGUUCCUGGGUUCGAAAACUUUGUAUUACGACGUUGAACCCUUCCUUUUCUAUGUUUUAUGCGAAUACAACGAGACAGGUUACCACUUUGUGGGAUACUUUUCCAAAGAAAAGAGGGCUAGUAGCCAGAACAACGUCUCGUGUAUUCUGACAUUACCAAUACACCAACGAAAAGGUUACGGCAACUUGCUUAUAGACUUUUCCUACUUACUCACCAAAGUGGAGAAGAAGACGGGCUCUCCCGAGAAGCCUCUCUCUGAUAUGGGCCUGGUCUCAUAUCGUAAUUACUGGCGACUGGUUCUGUGUCGAUACUUUUUGAAGGUGAUGGAGGAUGAAAAACACGCAACAGAAGGACUGAGCAUAAAACGGAUAUCCGCCAAUACCGGCAUGACACCGGAUGAUGUCAUUUCUGCUCUGGAAGGUCUUAGGGCCCUUGUCAGAGAUCCGCAGACCAAGCUGUAUGCCUUCAGAGUCGAUUUGGAUUACUGCCGAGAAUACGUGGGAAAGUGGGAAGCCAAGGGUUAUGUUCAGUUAAAAUCCGAAGCUCUCGUUUGGACUCCGUAUGUGAUGGGCCGAACCAAUGCCGUCAACUUUGAACUCGGCCCACCGAUCAAUACCAUCGCACCAAGGGAGGACGACGAGGCCAAGAUUGACGAGGGAAAUGGCGCGGCUGCCAUCGAGGAUCAUCAGCCAAUGGUCAAUGGGGAGAAGCACGACGCGUCUGCCCCUGAAGCAGUCACAGAUGCAGACGGUGAUGCUCCAAUGAAUAUUAAUGGAGAACAACCCCAGGAGUCUCCAGUCGAGAACCAGAGUGCGGAGCCAGUGCCAGUCCAGUCUAUCGAAGAUGUGGCGCCUGGGCAAGAGAAAGAUAAGGACAUUGAAAUGGAAGAUGCAAAAGCCGCAGGGCCCCCGGCUUGGCUACUACCAUACCAGAACAUCCCGUUCACUCGCUUUGAAGUCUUUCCUGCAGUACCUGGUGGUCGACGGGAAAGAGCUCGACCAAGUGUCAGUCGACCGACUGCCCCUCGCCCAGUCAGUGCUCCUAGACCGAAGCGACCCAGCAACAGCCAUCGGCCAUCCUCGUCCCGGCCUAAGAGUUCAAAGAAAAAGACUGGAGGGACCGGUCGUGGACCAGGUAGAUGGCCAAAAGGAACGAAGAAAUCCGAUUACGGUAACGCUACCAGUGGCCCUGGUCUACCGCCCGGCUGGGUCGAUCGCCAAGCCAAAUUGCAAGGUGUCACAGAAGGCAAGGGGCCAGAACAGGAGGUGGCAGUUCUCGACUCAGCAGCAGAAGACUCGGUCGUUGUCUCGACGAAGACUAAUGGUGCCAAAGUCAGUGGGAUUACUACAAAUAAUGUGGGAGCGGGAUCAACGGAAGAGGCUGCCAGAGGAGAGGACGUGGAUGCUGAGGGAGAAGAUAUCUAA